AUGACCCCGAUUGCAGCUUAUCUAGAGCACAGAAUCUUGCCCAACUAUCGUAACGAGUCUAGAAAAUUGUUAAGGAAAGUUGCUCGGUACCUCAUCCUGGACGGGAUCAUGCACAGAAGAGGAUUUUCCAUGCCAUUACUCAGGUGCGUCAACCAAACAGAAUCAGGGCGGCUUCUUGAAGAGUUUGAUAGCCAGUUGUUUACUGAUUUCUGCGCUAGACACGACAUCACAAAAAGCUUCUCAGUAGUCUUGCACCCACAAACAAAUGGACAAGUAGAAGCAGUGAACAAUACUCGCAAAGACACUUUUAAGAAGCGCUUAGAAGAGGCUAAGGGAAAAUGGCCUGAGAAACUACCUGAAGUACUAUGGUCCUAUAGGACUAUCGAGCGAACAACUACUGGAGACAGCCCCUUUGCACUUACAUACGGGUAUGAAGCGAAGCUGCCCGUAGAGGUGACUCCACAGUCUCACAGGUGCAUGACAUACGACCAGGAUGGUAAUCACUAG